CAUAAGAAAAAAAAGAAAAAAAAGAACAAGUAAAGACGGUGUUUGUUUGGAAUAGCGCGAGACCCUCUUUGUUUCAUAUAUAUUGAUUGAUUCGGUUGAUACAUUCUCGUUCGGUUCCUUCUUUCUUUCAAGUUCUUCAAUUCGGGUAUAACCAUCAAAAUGGGUAGUCCUGAACCCGGUUUCGAAGAUUUUCUUGAAGAGAAGAAGCGCGUUAGGAACCCUUUUGUUCCCAUUGGCGCACUUAUUACUGCCGGUGUACUAACGGCUGGCUUAAUCAGCUUUAGACAAGGUAAUUCUCAAUUAGGUCAGAAGUUAAUGAGGGCUCGUGUGGUUGUCCAAGGUGCUACAGUGGCACUCAUGGUUGGCACUGCCUAUUAUUAUGGAGACAAUCCUUGGCAAAAAAAAUGCUUGAGCCUGAAGGUGAAUGUCAUGGCUUCUCGGAGGCCCUUCUGCACAACACAUUAUUGUAUUAAUGCAAUGCCAUGGAUGAUGAGUGAUUAUACAGUGGAGACAAUAAAUGAUGGACUCACUGAAUUCAAUGUGGAGUUUCAUGGUCCAAAAGAAAGCCUUUAUGAAGGUGGAGUCUGGAAAAUUCGUGUUGAACUUCCUGAUGCAUAUCCAUACAAAUCCCCUUCUAUCGGCUUUGUGAACAAAAUAUACCACCCGAAUGUUGAUGAGUUAUCUGGCUCUGUAUGCUUGGACGUCAUUAACCAAUCAUGGAGUCCAAUGUUCGGAUUUUAUGGAAUCUCCACUUUCUUAAUGCCUAUAGAUAUAACCAAGGUUUCUACUUUUUCAGAUCUUCUAAAUGUCUUUGAAGUUUUUCUUCCACAACUCUUGCUUUAUCCAAAUGCAUCAGAUCCUUUGAAUGGCGAUGCAGCAUCCUUAAUGAUGAAGGAUAAAAAGCUGUAUGACCAAAAGGUUAAAGAGUAUUGUGAGCGGUAUGCUAAGAAGGAACACAUUACCAACGGCACAGCUGAUGACGAGGAGAGUGAUGAGGAGGACAUCAGUGAAGCAGAAACUCAAUCCAGUGAUGAUGAAAUUCCUGGCCAAAAAAGAUUAGUUUUCACAUUGUGCUACAUGGCAUCAGCCGCAUCUCCGUCUCCUCAACCACCUCUCACUGUGUUUCAAGCUCCUCCUAUUGAUGGCAGUAUCAGUUACGAGAAAGUAACAACAACUCCUUCAUCAAUAAGCAGAAUCAGUCCAGUUAUUUUGUUGGUUAUAAUAGUACUAGCAAUUAUCUUCUUUCUUUAUGGACUUUUCCAAUUAAUUAUAUGGCUUGUGAUAAAAAGACCAUCCUCUUCAUCUCAUUAUAAUUCCAACAGGUUUCAAGAAUCGACUCGAACCCUUGCGCUUCAGAGGCAACUACAAAACCUAUUCCAUUUACAUGAUUCAGGUCUAGAACAAUCUCUCAUAGACACUCUUCCUCUUUUCAAGUACCAAGAUUUAUUGGGUUUGAAGGAACCUUUUGAUUGUGCUGUGUGUCUAUGUGAGUUUUCUGAGCAGGAGAAGCUGAGGUUGGUUCCUAUAUGCCGCCAUGCUUUUCAUAUGAAUUGUCUUGACACAUGGCUUCUCUCAAACUCUACUUGUCCUCUUUGUAGAGCAAAUAUCUCUAGCUCUAGUUUUCCUUUGGAGAAUGUUGAUGAUUCUUUGGUUAGUCAAAGAGAAAUAAUCGUAGAAGAAGAAAAAGUUGGGAAAAGGGUGUUUUCUGUGAGACUUGGAAAGUUCAGAAAUAAUGGAUUGGAGGAUGGUAGUAGUCCUAGUUUGGAUGAGAGAAGAUGUUAUUCAAUGGGUUCAUAUCAAUAUCAUGUUCUUGGUGAUUCAAAUUUGCAAGUGGUUUUGUCACAAUCUUGUUGUGAUGAUGAUGACUUAAGAAGUGAAGAAAGUGGGAAUGUGGAGGGGAAGAGGAUAGGGAACAGAACCAAAGGUGAAAGUUUUUCUGUUUCUAAGAUAUGGCUUUGGUCUAAGAAGAGAAAAUUUACUAGCUCUAAUGUUGAUUUUCCUUGAUUUUCUUAUUGUAAGAAACUGAGAAAGGUAAAAUAUAUGAUGAAGAAGUUUCAUUUUC